UUCAAACAUCUUGUGAUUUUCUCUUUCUAGAUCUACAAAUUAUUUUAAUCUCAGCUCAGACGUUCACAUCUCUCAGCAAAGUGGUGAAAAUGUUAAGCCGGAUUUUCGAGCCAAUUUUGACAAAGGUAUGUGAGUCAAUUUUGUCAAAGUUGGUUGAACAAACGGCGGAUAAUGCACACAACAAUCUCAAAAGUAUAAAGGACUUUGAGCUCAAUCUAAAAGCUCUGCAGAAAAAGUUGAAGUCAUUGUGUGCUAAGGCAUCUGAUGUUGAGGAGGAAAUCAAGAACUCAGAGCUUUCUGGUCGAAAGAAAAGGAAGCGCGAAGUUGAGGAGUGGUUGGAAGAAGUCAGGUCCAUUGAAAAGCAAGUUGUUGAGUUGUGCACUCAAGUGGAAUCCGAAGGAUUUAUUAUGAGAUUGAUGGAUGGAGGGUUGCCGGCUAAACUAAUUGAUGAGGUUGACUUGCUUGUUGAGCAAAGUCGGAAUUUUGGUGAACUUGUCCUUGAUGUUUGUGGAAGUAGGGGAGAUAAGUUGUUGACUAAUGGGAUGGUUGGUCAAGCUUUUCAUGAAAAUUUGGAAACGAUUUUGAAACAUUUGGAGAGUGGGCAAGUGUUGAGCAUUGGUGUUUAUGGUAUGGGUGGUGUGGGAAAAACGACACUGGCAAAGCACAUUCACAAUCUACUCCUCCAACACUCUCAGGGACGUGUGAUUUGGGUUACAGUCUCUGAAGAAUUUAGUGUUACAACUUUACAAGAUAAAAUAGCUCGUUUCAUAGGUCUGGAGUUUGUGGAUGAGAAAAAUGAAGACAUAAGGGCAGCAAGACUCCAUACAACUUUGUCUCAGAUGAAGAAUUCAGUGCUGAUAUUAGAUGAUGUCUGGGAAAAAAUUGAUUUAUUAAAGGUUGGUUGUCCCAUUUCUGUAGAGUGUUGUAGGCUGAUUAUAACUACUCGCUCCUUAGAAGUGUGUCGUCAAAUUUGUUGCCAAAAAGUGAUUCCAGUGCAAACUCUACAUCAUCAUGAGACAUGGGAAUUGUUCAAUGAAACACUAAGAAAUGAGAUAGAACUUGAUUCUUCAGCAGAAAAAAUUGCGAGAUCUGUGGCAGAAUUGUGUGGUGGUCUGCCCCUAGGAAUUGUUACAGUGGCGGGAAGCAUGAGGGGAGAGAGAGCCAUUCAUACAUGGAGAAAUGCUUAUGAAGAACUAACAGAACGUGUCUCGGGGAAUGAUGGCAUGGGAGAAGGUGAUGUUUAUAAAGUAUUGAGAUAUAGUUUUGAUCGGUUGAAAAGGAACCGUCAUAGUCAGACUAAUGAAUUCAAUACAUUGCAACAUUGUUUCCUCCAUUGCGCGUUAUAUCCUGAAGAUAAAGAAAUAACGAGAGAGCGUUUGGUUAGAGAGUUCGUUUCAGGACGGUUGGUGGAUGAAAGAAAGACAAGGAGAAUGCAAGUUGAGCAAGGACAUUCCAUAUUGGAUAAAUUAGUGAAUGUGUGCUUAUUGGAAAGUUGUGUUGGUCCUGGUUCUACGGAAUGCGUGAAGAUGCAUGAUCUUGUAAGAGGAAUGGCAUUGAAGAUAUGUGAGGGGAAAUAUAUGGUAAGAGCAGGUGAUUGGUCUUUGAAGGAAAUUCCCAAAGAAGUAGAGUGGGCAAAGGAUCUGGAGAAGGUGUCCAUAAUGUACAAUGGCAUAACGAGAAUUGAAGAAGGAAUGUCUCCCGAUUGUCCUAUUCUCUCAACGUUGCUUUUAUGUUAUAAUGUUUGGUUGGAGUUUAUCCCAGAUUCAUUCUUUUCUAAAAUGCAAGGACUAUGCAUUCUUGAUUUGAGCAUGACUAAGAUAACAAUGCUGCCAAACUCAAUCUGUGCCAUGAAGAGCCUCAAGGCAUUGCUCCUUAGGUCGUGUAGUAAGCUAGAAAAUGUGCCAUACUUGGGAGAGAUGAAACAACUCAGGGAGCUAAACCUCUCGGAUACAGGCAUCAAGGAAGUACCUCAAGGAGUUGGGGAAUUAUUCAAUCUCAAUUUCCUCGCAAUGGAUGCGUGGAAAUUUAAGAUUCUUCCAAAAGGAUUGUUUCUUAAACUUGGGAAUCUUCAGCACUUGGAAUUACCAUCGCAUAUAGAAGUAGAAGUUGAAGAAAUUGAGAAUCUGAAACUGCUAGAGGAGUUUAGUGGAAGAUUAAAAAAUGUGAAUGAAUUUAAUUCUCUUAUUACAAGUUGGGGAAGUCGGGUGCAUGACACUUGCUACACAAUAGGAGUGGGAUCAUAUCAUGAAAGUUUCUAUCAGAAUGUUGGAAGAGAAGUAUGUUACAAUAAAGAGUUGAUCGUGUCGGAAUGCAACCUUGAAGAUGAGAGAGUAUUAGCAGAGGGAAUUGUGGAUGGAUUGAAGAGAUUGAGAAUGGAAAGAUGUGGAGGAAUAGAGUACAUUUGGAAUAGUGAGGCAGGAUUAUCAUCUCAAAUAUCUGCUCUUGAAAAAAUUGAACUGGUUGAGUUGGAUGCUAUGAAGGGGUUGAUCGAAAAGGGGGAAAUAGGAGCAUCAGCUUCACUUGCACGAUCUGUGUUUUCCUCUCUGACAAAGCUAAGGAUUGAAAAGUGUAACAAGAUGACGACACCAAUAUUAGGAGUUCCCAACCUCGAAGAUAUUGAUAUGAGAGAGUGUGAAGAAAUAGAAGAGAUAUUCGAAGAUGAGGGAACAAGUUCCCUCACCCUCCCUAAAUUAAAAACCUUAAGGUUAUAUUGGCUGCCAAGACUAAGGAAGGUGGGGACACUAUCCGGAGUUCCCAACCUCGAAGUUAUUGAUAUAAGCAAGUGUGAAGAAAUAGAAGAGAUAUUCGAAGACGAAGGAACAAGUUCCCUCACCCUCCCUAUAUUAAAAACCUUAAGGUUAUAUGGGCUGCCAAGACUGAGGAAGGUGGGGAUACUAUCAGGAGUUCCCAACCUUGAAGAUAUUCAUAUCACCAAGUGUGAAGAAAUAGGAGAGAUAUUCGAAGACGAAGGAACAAGUUCCCUCACCCUCCCUAAAUUAAAAACUUUAAGGUUAUAUGGGCUGCCAAGACUGAGGAAGGUGGGGAUACUAUCAGGAGUUCCCAACCUUGAAGAUAUUCAUAUCACCAAGUGUGAAGAAAUAGAAGAGAUAUUCGCAGAUGAAGGAACAAGUUCCCUCAACCUCCCUAAAUUAAAAUACAUAAAGUUAGAUGAGCUGCCAAAACUGAGAAAGGUGGGGAUACUACUAUCAGGAGUUCCCAACAUUCAAGUUAUUUCUGUGAGAAAGUGUGGAGAAAUAGAAGAAAUAUUUGAAGAUGAAGAAACAGGUUCCCUCACCCUCCCUAAAUUAAAAAAGUUGAAGUUGAAAGAGCUUCCCACACUGGAGAGCCUAUGCAAGGGAACAACCAUCAUUUGCAACUCCAUUGAAGCUAUCUCCGUGAAAAAUUGCCCAAGAUUGAUGAACAAACUUCCUGUGCUUGUGGAUUCGGCUGUGCCUCGACGAUGUCAGAUAACGGUGAACCCAGAAUUGUGGGAAUCGUUGAAGUCGGACAAUCCCAAUAUCUCUCUAUUUUCCAAAUCUGAUGAAAAGCUAAUCAUACUCCCUACUAUAUUCUUUUAAAAAUAGAAACUUUUCCAUUCUCUAUUAGUAGGAGUAUUAGAUAACGGAAGGGAGGGGAGUAUAAUGCAAAGUUUUUGGCGCACAUGUGCGUCUUUAGAUAUUA